GACAUUUGGUUAUUAACUCAGGUUCCUUUUAUUCCAGAAAGAAGACAUGGUUCCUCCAGCAAGGCCCCUCUGACACCUCCAUCAUCAUCUGUGUAUUCCCUCUACUCCACGCCUUCAACUAAAAACAGAGUGGCUGGCAGCAGCACGCGGACAUCCAGCAGUGCUAGUGGUAGUGCCUCCUCCAACUCCAAGCUGAUAAAAUCUCCCAAAGAAAAGCUACAGAUAGGCGGGAACAACAGGUCGAUGCAUCCCACGCAACACAGCAAAGCACCACAAGACAAAAUAAUGACCCCAUCUGUUAAAGUGGAGAAGAUGCAUACAAUCCAAAAAACGGAUGGUGCGUUGCAAAAAUCGGCUGCUGGGUCUACCUGUUCCUCUUCUGUCAGCUCCUCAGUAAAGACUGGCCUUAACUGGCAAUCAAUACCAAAGCCACCUUUGCCUUCCCCUGGACAGAUACCAAAUGGUAAAGGAAUUCUCUCGACUCCUCCGAAUGUGGAAAAGAAAGCUGAAGAUACAAACUGUAGGAAAUAUUUACACAAGAGAUUGUCUGAUCGAGAGUUUGACCCCGAUAUACACUGUGGAGUUGUCGAUGUUGAGACAAAGAAGCCCUGCACUAGAUCUCUGACAUGCAAGGCACAUUCCUUAGGCUACCGGAGAGCAGUACAAGGGCGCAAGAAAGGUUUUGACGUGUUAUUAGCUGAGCACAAAAAUAAAACCAGGGAAAAAGAACUGCUUCGUCAUGCUGAGCAACAGCAACAGCAGCAGACGUCUGCGCUCAGGGAACCACAUCCCUCACCUUCAAAAUCUUCCCAGGAACCGCACCAAAACUCUCAUGGACACUCUGCUCCCGAAGCGAAGCCUUUAGUACCCAGCAAGGCCAAGCCUCACAACCCCAGUCUUCCAAGGCCAUCAAGUUAUCCAGCGCAGCACAGUGGUAAUGCUCCCAACGGCUCACCAUCGGUGCAUGAGUCUCAACCAGUCGUACCUGCAGCUGAGCCAACCUCCCGUUUGUCUAGUGAUGAGGGGGAAGGGGACGAAAAGGAGGAACCUGCUGAAAAACUGGACUGUCAUUACUCAGACCACCACCCUCGGCCUGCAGCUUUUUGCUCAUUUGGUAGCAGACAGAUUGGGAGGGGGUAUUAUGUUUUCGACAAGCGGUGGGACCACAUCCGAUGUGCACUUAACUUCAUGGUGGACAAACAUCUAAACUCCCAGAUGUGGAGGAAAAUUCCUCCGGCCUCUAGCAGUUCAUCCAUGCAUGCUCCACACCGGACCAGCACAAACUCGGUGCCUGUGUCACAGAGUAUGAACAACACUGGUUUCCUCCCGCCCAGCACAGUUACCUCUCCCCAAGCCCCUGUCGCCUCUCCCAGUACGUCUUCGGACAAAGUCCUUCCCCAAGGAACUACACUAAACAUUCACACUGCAACCGAAGCCACCAGUAGUAUGCAAGCCAGACAAGUGUCUUCUUCAGCAUCCACACCGUCAGUGCUUUCCUCAUCGCCUAGCCCAGUCUCCAGCAAACCUCAAAAGUUAAAAUCCAAUAAGGCUGUGAAACCUAAGGAAUCCCCCGCCAGCAGCACGAACUGCAGUAGUACCAACAGCAGCAGCAGCGGCUCAGGAAAGAAAAAGAAAACCAACUCCCCACCCCAGCUGCUAGCGCCUCCCCCUUCUCAUUCCACUGAGUCCUUUAGGAAAAACUGUGUAGCGAACUCUGGCACAUACCACUCCCCCGGCACGACCUUGUCUCAGCACGGCAGCCCGCACAGUGUCGGCCUCAACUUUGUGAACAAUCGAUCUGUGAGUCUUAAACACGACCAAUCAGGGAGGGGUCCCCCUAGCGGGAACCCUGCGGAAUCGAUAUAA